UAAACAAAAUUUUUAGUAUUUAUUAUAUUCUAGAUAAAUUUGCUCAGUGCUUUCAAUGUAUUUUUCAUUUAAUCCUUAAAAAACUUUGAGAUGGAUAUUAUUAGUCUGAUACUGCAGACAAGGAAACUGAAUCCUGGUAAGGUUAGGGGACUUUCCUAAGUUCUUACAGCUAGUAAGUGUUGGAGCUGGAAUUUGAAUGCAGCCUUGUCUUGUUCCAGAGCCUCUCCCCCAUACACUUUUAAACCACCAAAAUAUAAUGUCCAAUGAAAAUGGAUUUUGAAGUUUCAGUGGUAGAUUGUGACUGUGUAAGUCAAACUGGAAAGUAAAAGUCUUGAUACUGUAUUGUCAUUGCCUGCCAAAGUAAUUUUAAGUCAAACAUCUUGUGAUUCAGAUUUUCCUAAUGUUUAUUUCCUUUGCUGGAAUUUGAGUUCAGAUGUGAGUAAGUUAAUAAAGUAUGACUUACACAACAGAGAGAGCUAAGCUUUAUCUCUGAAAGCAGGGUUUCUCAACCUCAGCUUUAUUGAGAUUUGGGGCUAGAUAAUUAUUUGUAGUCCUGUACAUUAGGACGUUUGGCAACCUUUACCAGCUGGAUACUAGUAGUAAACCCUCUGUUUUUCAGUUGUGACAACCAAAAAUUUCUUCAAACAAUGCCAAAUGGUCCAGGUGUAGUGGCAGGUGCCUAGAGUUCUAGCUACCCAGGAGGCUGAGGUGGGGAUUGCUUGAGCACAGGAGUUCAAGGCUGCAGUGAGCUAUGAUCAUAUCACUGCACUCCAGCCUGGGUGACAGAGCAGGACCCCAUCUCUUAAAAAUAAAAAAAUUGCUGAAUGUCCCUGUGAGGGUGGGAUCAGGGCAAAAUUGUUCUUGUUUGAAAACUACUGUCCAAGGUGACUUUCUGGCAUAACAGUGGGUUGGGACUUUAUAAAGAUAUAAGGUGUUAAGGUCUAAUUUGGCUUAGGACGUGACUCUUUUUUCUUAUUAUUUAUAAUUAAAACAAAAUAGAGAUGCUCUUGAGUAGGGAGAGCUCUUGGUUAUUCUGCCCGUGGUUUAAAUUAAAGACAAAUAGAGAGGAAAGCACCAGCCGUGGUGGCGCCAAGUCCCUUGUGGCAGCAGAGAGGAAUCAGUUGGACCUCAUGGGAGCUUGGAUGGUCAUGGCCUUUACCUUGUACUCACUGCUGCAGGCAGCCCUGCUCUGUGUCAGUGCCAUCGCCAUGCUGCACAAAGAGAGAUUCCUCAAGAACAUUGGCUGGAGAAUAGACCAGAGAAUUGGUGGAUUCGGGGAGGAGCCAGGAAUUAAAUCUCAGCUAAUGAACCGUAUUCAAUCUGUAACAACUGUGAUGAGAAUGCCAUUGAUAAUAGUAAACUCAAUUGCAAUUGUGUUACUUUUAUUAUUUGGAUGAAUAUCAGGAGAGGAAAUGGAGACUCAGAAGAGAUGCUAGCAGAAGUUAUUGUUUAGGUCAUUAUUGGAAUAAAGGCUGAGAUGGGAGGAUCACUUGAGCCUGGGAGGCUCAGGAAGUAAGUAAGUAAGACUGCAGUAAGCCAAGAUCGGGCCACUGCACUCCAGCCUGGGUGACAAAGUGAGACCCUAUUUCAAAAAAAAAAAAGAAAAAAAAAUCAGAUCAUGAGAGACAGUAACUCUCCAGGACUGGAAUAUUUGCUUACUGUUAAUAGUAGCUCACUCUGUGCUGAGAUUGUUAA